UAUUCAAUUUUAGGGCUUAUCAGUUCCGAGGAAAGUCUAAUCAGCAUCUGAGUCAGUUUCAGUACAUAAGCGUUUCAGUGCUGCGAUCGCUAUCAGUCGGUGUUACACACUUCAGACAUGGCAGGCAAGUAUUACGGUUGGGGCGGUCCCCCUCGUCCACCACACCGCUACCCCCCCGGUCCGCCCGGCUCGGGACUUCCCCCGCCGAUGUACGGCAUCAUGUAUCCGGUGCACCCGGCCUACUUCUACCCGCCUCCCCCCUACCCGCCGCCCCCAGGGGAGGUUCAGGUGGUGGACGAACCGGAGGAAGUGGAGCCCGAGUUGCCGGGAGAGACGGUGGAACUGCCUUAUAGUACAUACCGUUGGGUCCCCGCUUGCCUCAGCCAGCGCAGUAUUCCCCCCGGCGCGCUCAUGGUGGGGGUUGACGCCGAUGGGGAGGAGAUCUAUGCCGGCCGCGCUCAUCACGAGGGUGACAUUCUCCCGGCCAAGGUCAUCCCCUCCAAGAACGCCUGCUACAUUGCCUUCAAUGGAGAGGAGAUUCUGAAGGACCAAUUUGAGGUGCUGGUACCAGCGAUGUUCUCGUGGCAGUUCGCGACGGGCGGCGCAGUGCCGCCGGGCGCGGUGGAGGCGGGCGUCACCGCCGACGGCGAGAAACUCUACUUCGGCAGGGUCAACCACGACGGCUGCACCACCCCGGGCAAGAUUCAUCCGAGCCACGAAACCUGCUACUAUCCGUUUGACGGAGAAGAGAAGAACUCCCCAGAGUACGAGGUUCUGGUGCUGCUGUGAGCACCUGGAGAGUCGGUGCUAGUGCUAAAGACUGUAAAACAACGUUUACUCAAACAGAGGUUGUCAUAUUUAUUUCAAAACUGUACAAAAUAUAAUAAUAUUUUUCAUUA